AUGGACGGUUUGAUCAAGUUAAUCAAUUUUAUCAGGUCGCGUUCUUCUCUUCAACACAGACAGUUCAAAGAGUUUCUGUGUCAAUGUGAUUCGGCUUAUUCAGAUUUACUACAACACAAUCACGUUCGUUGUUUCAAUAAAGGUCGAGUAGUUGAACGUUUUUGGAACAUUAAAGAAGAAGUAAAAACAUUCCUAAAAAAUGUAGAUACUGAAGAAGCAAAGAAGCAUUCGGAGUUCUUAGAAAACAAUCGAAAUAUAGUUGCGAUGGCUUUCUUAAAUGACAUUUUGAAGUAUUUAAAUACACUUAAUGUCGAAUUACAAGGAGAAGGGAAAUUAAUAUGUGAUUUAAUACAAAAUCUUAUGAAGGAAUUCGAUGCUAGAUUCAAAGACUUUUCUGAAAUAGGAAAACUAUCACAAUUCUUAAAAACCCCUUACGACGUUCUCCCAGACGGAGAAUGGACUGAUGUAGCUGAAAAAUUAUUUAAUCUUUCAAAGUCAAAACUCCAAAUGGAAAUAAUAGACCUACAGGAAGAUGUUUCCUUGAAGCAGUACAGAAGUGCGUCAACUGAAGAAUUCUGGGCUAAAGAUGCCACUGACAAGUAUUCAAACU